CACACAGCAGUGUGUGCGUGGGUUGAAGCCAGCAGCCUUCCACUCGUCCUGCUCCUACCUCUCUCCUCAUCAGCAUCCUCCUCUUCCUCCUGCUUGAUCAGUCCAUCAUGAUGGAGAACAAGUCGCUCAUCUGCUGGGAUGGGCCGGCCAGCUCCCACAAUACCAUCUGAAGGUCUCGCUGCCGCCACCCACCUGAGGCGUCCCCACGGCUUCGUACGUCCGAGACAUCGAGCCGCCCGUCAAACUGGACCAGGACCAGACUCCGAUCGGAACACUGAAGCCAUAAAGCGGUCCGGCUCUGGAUCAGUCCAGCACAGAUCGCUCACAGGAAAAGUUUGAUGGGACUGCUGCCUGUAGCCACAUGCCUCUGAGUCCAGCUGCUGACACCAAACAUGAUCGCCCACGCCAACAGGCGGUUACUAACGGCAACGCGACAGGCUCUACCGUUGCCAGGGACGACGACGCGGAGGACACGCCCUCUGGAAACAGCAUCGUCGUCCGCAUCGGCAUCCCGGACCUACAGCAGACGAAGUGUUUGCGGCUGGACCCAGAUUUACCCGUUUGGACCAGUAAGCAGAGGGUUCUGGUCACCUUGACUCAGUCUCUGUCGGAUGUUUUGAACUAUGGUCUCUUCCAGCCGGCGUUCAACGGCCGUGCUGGCAAGUUUCUGGAUGAGGAACGACUGUUAAAAGAGUACCCCCUCCCCCCUAUCACGCCAAUCCCAUACCUGGAGUUUCGUUACAAACGCAGAGUUUAUACGCAGAGUUACGUGGACGACAAGCAGCUCGCCAAGCUGCACACAAAAGCCAACCUGAAGCGCUUUAUGGAACAUGUCCACCAGAAGAAUGUGGAGAAGGUUUCCAAAUGGCUGGAAAAAGGUCUGGAUCCAAACUUCCACGACUCCGACAGCGGCGAGUGUCCACUCACGCUGGCGGUCCAGUUGGAGGAGAGCUGCGAUCUCAUCAAAGUUCUCCGCAGCGGCGGCGCUCACCUGGACUUCCGCACCAGAGAUGGAAUCACCGCCCUGCAUCGGGCCGUCUUGUGCCGGAACAGCUCGGCUCUCACGACUCUGCUGGACCUGGGAGCGUCUCCGGACUACAAGGACAGCAGAGGACUGACGCCCCUCUACCACUCCGCCAUGGUGGGUGGCGCCCCCUACUGCUGUGAGCUGCUGCUGCAGGACCACGCCAGCAUCGGCAUGACCGACGAGAAUGGAUGGCAGGAAAUCCACCAGGCGUGUCGCUUUGGAAACGUGCAGCACUUGGAGCACCUGCUGUUCUACGGUGCCGACAUGAGCUCCCAGAAUGCAUCAGGAAACACCGCGCUGCACCUCUGUGCGCUCUACAAUCAGGACAGCUGUGCCAGAGUGCUGCUCUUCAGAGGAGCCAACAAGGACAUCAAGAACUACAACAACCAGACUGCCUUUCAGGUGGCCAUCAUUGCUGGCAACUUUGAUUUGGCCGAAAUCAUCAAGAUUCACAAAACCUCCGACGUUGUUCCCUUCAGAGAAACGCCAUCCUACACCAAACGCCGCCGCAUGGGAACCAUCAGGUUGCCGGCCGGAAACGGUCUCUCCUCGCCGCGCUCUUUGAUUCGCUCAGCCAGUGACAACGCGCUGGAAAGCCCCGCCUCCUCCCCCGGCCCCUCUUUGCAAAGCCUGGAAACACACCACGACACGCACACACACUCCCUACGACGACACACUCGCAGGCUCAGUCCCAGUGGCGCCGGUGGUCAUGUGGAAACCAGCCCCCCUUCCUCCCCGCCCCUGACCCCCCAGUUAAGGAAGAAGAGGCUGUACAGCGCCGUGCCGGGACGCACCUUCAUCGCCACGCGCUCCCACGUGCCCCAGGGGACCGGAGAGAUCCAGCUGCACCGCGGCGAGAGGGUGAAAGUCCUGUCCAUCGGGGAAGGAGGAUUCUGGGAAGGAAACGUCAAAGGAAGAACAGGCUGGUUCCCCGCCGACUGUGUUGAGGAAGUCCAGAUGAGACAGUACGACCCCAGACUGGAGACGAGGGAGGACCGCACCAAGAGACUCUUCAGGCACUACACAGUGGGCUCCUACGACAACUACACCUCCUACAGCGACUACGUGAUCGAGGAGAAGAUGGCCGUGCUGCAGAAGAGAGAGAGCGAAGGCUUCGGCUUCGUCCUCAGAGGAGCCAAAGCUGAGACGCCCAUCGAGGAGUUCGCCCCCACGCCGGCGUUUCCUGCCCUGCAGUACCUGGAGUCUGUGGACCAGGGGGGCGUGGCCUGGAGGGCGGGGCUGCGUACAGGAGACUUUCUCAUAGAGGUCAACGGCGCCGACGUGGUGAAGGUGGGUCACCGCCAGGUGGUUUCGCUGAUCCGGCAGGGCGGCAGCCGCCUGCUGAUGAAGGUCGUGUCUGUUUCCCGCAAGUCAGACACCAACCUGAUCAGGAAGAAAGCUCCUCCCCCGCCCAAGCGAGCACCCAGUACCUCAUUGACACUCCGGUCCAAGUCCAUGACCGCAGACCUGGAGGAGAUAGCCAGGAGGAGGCGCUUUGACAAACUGGACGAAAUGUUGGCGGGAAGCACACACGAGGUGGUCUUGCGCUCCCGCCCCUCUGACGACUUCAGGGCGGCCACGGUGAAACAGAGGCCCACCAGCCGACGCAUCACUCAGGCUGAAAUUAAUUCCUUGUUUGAGCGUCAGGGUCUGGUACCGCCCACCGCUCCAGGGAAGAGCACCAUGGCUUUGCCGCGAGGAAUGUCGAGAACCAAAAGUUUUGGCACGCCCGAGGACGACAGGAUCUCCGCUUUGAUCAACGAAAGUCGUUUCCCGCGGAGCUCCUCGCUGACAGACAGCUUCAUCCCGCCUCCGCCUCAGACAGCGCCACCCCCUCCUCCCUCCGCUUCCUCCACCUCUUCGCUCUUCCUGCUCGACUCCGGGCCUCCUCCCUCCUUCCUUCCUCCGCCUCCCCCCGCCAGAGGGGAGGGUCUGACCCGCUCCAGCUUUAAACCCGGGGCGGAGCCAAGGCUGCAGGAGCUGGCGGACUCGCCGUUGAGGAGCCAUGCCCACGCAGAGCGCCAGAGAAAGGCCAGGUCCAUGAUCAUCCUGCAGGACACGCCCCCUCAACUGCAGACCGAGACGCACGCCGCCGCCGCGCCCGCCAUGCACACGCUGCACAGCUCCGCGCACACUUCCACGCUGUCUCUCCACAGCCCGAGCUCCGCCCUCGGCCAUUCGCCGCUGUCACGCCGCCGUGGUCGGCCCAUAGAAAAUCCUUAUGCUAAUGUAGGCCAGCAGGCUGCGCCCACCAAACCUCAGAGGAGGAAGUCACCGCUGUUAAAACAGCUUCCUGUGGAGGAGCAGGGAUUCAAAGAUCACGACGCAAAGUUGGAGGCAUGUGGACCCGGCAGCCCCAGCAGGGCAGAGCUGUACCAGCAGCAGGUGUUGUCUGAGCGUGCCCGGGUCCAAGGCCGCCGCUCGUCCCUCUUCCUGUCUGUGGAGGGCUCCGGCUCCGAACACCAGGUCCCGCCUCUCCUUACGCAAAGUCACUCCAUGGACGACCUCGGGGAGCUACCCCCGCCUGCGCCGGUCCUGUCACCAUCGCCGUCGCCCCACACCUUCCUCCACCCGCUGACCGGCAAACCUCUGGAUCCUUCAUCUCCACUUGCCCUGGCUCUGGCCGCACGAGAACGAGCGCUUACCGCACGCACGCCUAGCCCGGAGCCACGGACCAAACACACCUCUGCCUCGACCACUCCCAUUCCCACGCCGGCCGCCAGCCCAGAGGGCAGACACAAGCGCACGCCGGUCCCCACCCCGCAGAGCAGCCCUGAGCCACGAUCCAAACGCACUACCCCUCAGACCAGCCCAGAGCCGCGAAGCAAGCGCACCACCCCUCAAACCAGCCCAGAGCUCAGGCACAAGCGCAUAACCCCGCCCCUUUUCCCUGACGGACAGGUGGAACGGCCCGAAGCCGAGGGAGGUGUGACGUCUCCCGCCGGCCCCUCCCCAGAGCGCUGGAGACCUGUCCCUCUGGCAAGCCUGGUCAAUGAAAGCCACUCUCCUCUGAUUGACAGGCGCAGGAGCCUGACCAUUGGCAGUUCAGAGGAAGAGGGCGGAGCUUACACCGUAAAACUCCCCCCCGCCUUGCUGUCGUCUAGUGACGAGGAGACGAGGGAGGAGCUGCGCAGAAUAGGCCUGGUGACGCCACCCGCCGCUUUUGCCAGCCCCCCGACCUCACUCACCUUGUUGCCGCGGCGAAGUGGCGAGGGCGGGGGCAGCGCUCCCGACUCUUUGGGGAGGAGAGGUGAGGAGGACGAGGGUGACGAAGAGCGUCUCCAUGACAGCUCCUCCCCCAGCUCCCUUCCCCCCUCCAUCACCUUGGCCUCGCCUCCUGCUCCCUCGUCCCCCUCCUCGCCGCCCGCUUCUCACACCGUCACCUCUCCGUCCGCCCUCAAACCUCGCCUCCGCUCCCCCAUUGGGCGAGGCCGCUCAGCCCUCAGGGACCCCCUCCUUAAGCAGUCGUCUGACAGCGAGCUCCUCCCCUCGGCCGCUUCCUCCUCGCCGACCUCCCCACUUUUGUGCUCCCCCACUGGCGGACGCCAGCCUCGCUACCUCUUCCAGAGGCGCUCCAAGCUGUGGGGGGGCGGCGAGGACCGUAAUGACGACCGCCAAGGGUUUGGCCCCGAGGAGGGUGGGGGCCGGCCGGCGGCCCUCGGGGGUCAAGGGUCGGGCUCGGCGGUAGACCUUAGCGGGCGGUCGGCGUCGGCGUUGGAGCUGAGCGGCCGGGCGGGGUCAGGUCUCGACCUCGCCAACAGACUCCAACUGCUCAACAAGGACAGCCAUUCCCUGGGGGAGGAGCCAAGCCCUCUAGACCCAGGACGCAGGUCGCCAGUAGGCGGGGCCAGGUUGUUCUCCAGUCUGGGCGAGCUGCACACCAUCUCCCAGCGAGGAUACGGCGCCACCUACACGGUUCGACCAGGAAGCCGUUACCCUGUCACGCGCAGGAGCCCCUCCCCUUCGCCCUCGCCCUCUGAUAGGUCGACGGGGCCGGGCUCCUCCCACUCGCCGUGCUCCGACAGGCCGGACCUGAGCUCAGGUCGAGGUCUGACCAUCCUCAAGUCGUCCAGUCUCAGUCUACCCUCGGAACCCAAGGAGGUCCGCUUCGUCAUGCGCAGCGCCAGCGCUCGGACCAGGUCCCGCUCUCCGUCGCCCUCCCCCCACGCCUCGCCCUGUCCCUCGCCGGUCCUGAGCGGACCCCUGCUGGCCCUGCGACCAUGGAGGCAGCGCCCUCUCAGCCUGUGGAACAAAUACGACGUGGGCGACUGGCUGGAGAGCGUGGGCCUGGCCGAGCAUCGCCAACGCUUCCAGGAACACGAGAUCGAAGGCUCGCAUCUUCCCGCCCUCACCAAGGACGACUACGUAGAGCUGGGCGUCACCCGACUGGGCCACCGCAUCAACAUCGAGCGGGCCCUCAGACAGCUGCUGGAGAGCUCCACUUGACCCCUGUGACCUCCUAACCUUUGAGACAGCAGGUGACCUGAGGGGUCUCGUCGGCUCUUUCAUCAAAACGGUGAAUUACUGCUGAGCUCCUUUACAAGCACAAACCUUCCAAGUGAAGAACCAAGUAAGUAACACCUGACUGAUGGUCCUCACUGUGUAACAUACCUUAGCUUAGCUUAGCCUAGCCUUAGCAACUGAGCUAAUUCCACUUUAUUUUUUUCCUCCAAUUACUGACGAGUGUUUUCCUUUUUGACUUUCUAUCUUACUUAGCGCUGACCAUUUAGCAACAAUCAUGUGCUCGUGAUGACGUUUGACGGUGGACUUUUUUUGUUGUGUUGCUGAUUGACUGAUCGAUGGUGCUACAUCUGUAGGCAAAGCAUCUCGUCCAAUCAAAAGGGGUUUCCUCUCUGCCAUAAGGGUUCGCUUUGAUCCCGCCAUACGUGGAGAUUCCUCCCUGCUUGCUCAAAUCUUUUCUUUUACUUUUUGAAGAAAAUAGCUUAUUGUUUUCUCCUACUAGCAUGCUAGCCCUGCUAGGAAGAGUAUGUCCGUCCGCGAGCUCUCAUUUUAUUGUUAUUUUCACUAUUAUGUAGGCCUGGACUCCAGUGGAAGAAAUAAUGGAAGGACAAAUAGAAGCUUAGUUUAGCUUAGCCUAGCCUAGCGCAAUAAAGCACUACCGUAUUUUCCGGACCGUAGGGCGCACCGAAUUAUAAAGCGCACUGCCGAUGAAUGGUCUAUAAUUGAUCUUUUUCCAUAUACCGUAUUUUCCGCACUAUAAGGCGCACCGGAUUAUAAGACGCACCUUCAAUGAAUGGCCUAUUUUAAAACUUGGUUCAUAUAUAAGGCGCACCGCAUUAUAAGGCGCAUAGAAUAGACGCUACAGUAGAGGCUGGGGUUACGUUAUGCAUCCCAUAGUUGCAAGACCUGUUGUGGCUCAACAUUGGUCCAUAUAUAAGGCGCACCGGAUUAUAAGGCGCACUGUCAGCUUGGACACUCGGGUGAAGAGAGGGGCGGAGCUUUCUACCGAUCACCACCUGGUGGUGAGUUGGCUGCGAUGGUGGGGGAGGAUGCCGGACAGACCUGGCAGGCCCAAACGCAUUGUGAGGGUUUGCUGGGAACGUCUGGCAGAGUCUCCUGUCAGAGAGAGUUUCAAUUCCCACCUCCGGAAGAACUUUGAACAUGUCACGAGGGAGGUGCUGGACAUUGAGUCCGAGUGGACCAUGUUCCGCGCCUCUAUUGUCGA